CUAUGGUUUUAAGAAGACUUUAAGGGAUAUUUUUGGUUUAAGGUUUAAAGAUAUCUUACGGCAGUAAUUCUGGAGGUUCAUCCAAUCUCCAUGGUUCCGUAAAGUAUGGGUUCUACGCGAAUUUGAAAUUUUCUUUUGCAUUUCCCCCCAUUUAAUCAGGAUUCUUCUAUAAAAUGAUCCCAUUUUUAACUGUGAAACUUGAUCACCUGUCAUUCUUUACGAAUCAACCCUUAUAAAAGGGCAUUCCUUCUCACUGCUUUCAGCUCUGUGACCAACACCAUUUUGUGAUUUGUUUAUUCUUAUACAAGGGGUGCUCACUGUGAGGUAAUGCAAGUACACGUAGUAAUUGGAAAAGAGAAGCCAAUACUCUGGACAAAAACUCCAUGUAAUCAAAAGGUGAUGGAUUUGCUCAGUGAUCUUUAGGUUCUAUAGUGAUAAAUUUAGAACUAUAAUAAAACUCUUUAUUAUGGAAAUUCCUCAGGAAAGCUUUGUUAUUUCAAAAUUCUAGCUUCUAAAACAAGUUUUUAACAGUUUAUUUACUUUAUGGAAAUUUUUUUUAUUAAGAAAAUUCAAACAAGUAUAUAGUGAAAAGUAGCUCCUUCCCACCCCUCAUGGAUUGGGUAAUCAAUAUUACUAGUUUCUUGCGUAUCCUUCCAGAAAUUUUUAUGCAUAUGGAAAUAUAUGUCUUAAAAAUACAUACAGAUAGUAUUAUACUACAUGUACUAUUCUGCUUCUGACUUCUUUCAUUCUCCAUGUUUGUACUUAUGAGGAGUAGAUGUCUUAGUUACUUAACUAGGCCCCUACUGAUGGACAUUUUGAUUUUUUUUUUUAAUUAUAAGCAGUGCUGAAGAGAGCAUCUGAGUAUAGUUAAAUCUUUGCUCCCUUUAAACGUAGUAUACAUUCCUAGAUCUAGAAUUGCUGGGCCUUAUGUUGCUUUACUGAAAGUUCUGUUAAUAAGGUAAGGUAAUUAGCCAAAUAAGGGUUUCUUGAAGAUAUUUGAAGUUUUAGGAAAAAUCAAAUAUAUUUGUUAAAAAAUUUAAAACACACCCCCAAAUAAAAUGAAAACGGUCAGUUCCUUAAAAGUUCCUAUUCCUUUUUAAGCUAAUGUUUAUAGUUAUAAAAUGUUUAUAAUUUAUAGCAGGAGAAAUUAGGAGACACUCUGUUAACAUUUGAGGAUAAUGGAGUCAGGACAAUAAGCAGAAUGGCUUUAGUAAGACUAAGUAAUGCCAGACAAACUUUUUGGGAUAGCUAGAAAAAGAAACGUUGGCUGAAGGGAACGCUUAGAUGUUGUAUUUGUCCUUUUUGAGGACAUCAUAGAGUAUGGUAUUCUCCAAAAAUUUUCCUUACAAAAUUGGUUUAGUCAUUCAACAAAUAUAUAUUGUCAUUCUACUUUGAGCUGGGCCUGGGGAUAUGGAAACAAACAAGGCAGACAUUAUGUGUGUCCUUAUAAAUAGGAGAUAUAUGUGGAAGAGGAAGAAAUUGAGGAUGGGAAGCUUGACUUGAGAGACGGAGGUCUGAAAGUUAAUGCAGUAUAAAAGGGAUAAAGGGAGAAGAGAGCUUCAAAGAGAGGGGUCAUUAGUAUGGUCUAGAUUGUGGGUAAGAGAAUGAGAACUGAACACACUUACGUAAAACCUGUUUAUUCAAACAGGAGCCAGUUAAACCUCUGAGCAUUUAGUGAGAGCAGAGUAGCCUAGGAGGUGGAAGAUGCCUCGUGAUGUGUAGAAGCUAGUUUGUAGAUGAUAAGAAAAUGUUGAGAAGCUUGUCAAUGAGAGAAGGAAUAGCAGUAGGGUAGCUAGAAGAGGCUGUAGGGUUCAUGGCAGUCACAUUCUGUAGGUAAGAUUUUAUGUGAUUAAUCUGACAUCUGUGUUCAGGCUUUUGGGAUAAAAUGAGGUAAUGGAUGUGAGUCACUUCUGAAAGUAGAACAUUUAAACUUUAGAGUAUUAAUCAGAAUUACCUGUGAAGAUUUUUUAAGAUUAUAAUAGGUAAAUAUGGGAAAUUCUUUAUAAAAUUGAAAGUAUUUCUGCCACUAAAGAUUUGAAAUAAUCACUUGGUUCUAAAAAUGAACAAUUAGAUCUGUUUCUCACAUCUUGUUUUUCACAGAGUGAAUUAGCUUUUGUAACUGUGGUUUUAAAAAAGAGUCAGUUUAUAUGUAACUGUUGAGCUUCAGAGGAACAAGAAGAGUGAAUAUACUGUGCAUUUGAAAAAUUGCUUAAGUCAAAAGCCUCCAGAUGGUGUGUACCGCUGUGUUCACAGCUGUAUUUACUGUUAGCUCACCAGAUAACUUAAAAAUAGCUGGUUAGAAACAGUGGUGUAUUCAGGUCUCUGCUGGUUUUGAACCUCAACAGCAGUAGCAACUUUACUUGUAUGCCUUUUUGUACAAUGCCAGUUGUAAUUACUUACUUCCCUUUGCACUGCCUUCAGGAUUUCUUAUUUGGCCCAGUUUAUAGUUUACACAACCAACCAGAGUGCUUAUAUAUAGAAGCAGACAGCUAGGUUUUUUAAAUGUGGUGUUCUGUCAGUUCUUUCUUGGAGAAAGGCUAUUGAUUUAUUUUUUAAAAAUGAUUUUGCUGUUUUACUUACUAACCAUUUAUCAUUUUAAAUGACAUGUAGUUAUUUAAAAUAUAUAUAGUUAUCUAAAAUAUAUGUAGUUGGUGCCUUGUACAUAUCUAAUAUUAUAUGGUAAAUCUUUUGUAUUUUUUUGAUUUUUACCAAAACAACAAAAACAAAAGUCCUUCAGUACCUAAAUCCAUUCCCCAGUAUAAAUGCUCUGUUUCUGUUACAGAGAUUUAAUAAUAAAAGUUCUUUUGGAAAAACUCAAAUUACUAAACCUUAUUUAUUUAUUUUGCCUCAUAUACUACUUUGGAUUUACUUAGUAAAAUGAGUAGGUUGCAUAAAUUAAAUGUAAAAUAUAGGAUAGUUGUUUGAAACAUUGUCCACAAAAUUUGAAGAGGGUUUGUGUGGGGGUGGGGGCACAUGCUCAGUUAUUUAUUAAAUAGACUAAAAUGCUGUAUCUAGAUUGAACAUUUUGAACAAUUUUGGUUUUAGCUGUUGUUACUGAUGUCUUUUUUUUGUAUUAAUCUGGCAAAUUAUGCAAGAGAGUUUUUGUUUUACGUUUAUAUUUUUUGAUCAUCUACCCAGGCAGUCUCUUUUCUUUCAUAGGCUGUGCUCUUUCCACAGAGAGUGAUUUUCACAUUGAAUAGCAUUUUUGAAACGUUGGGGUUAUUGGAGUGGUUGGAUUUUUCCUGGAAUUGAGUGAGAAAUUCAGAAGACUGAAGCCCAGGCUUACUGUCUACCUUUCACGGAGGCCUAGCCGUGAGAGGACAGAAGAAGGCACGUGGCGAAUCAUGACAGCUGACAAAGACAAAGACAAAGACAAAGAGAAGGACCGGGACCGAGAUCGGGACCGAGAGAGAGAUAAAAGAGACAAAGCAAGAGAGGGUGAGAAUUCAAGGCCACGCCGGAGCUGUACCUUGGAAGGAGGAGCCAAAAAUUAUGCUGAGAGUGAUCACAGCGAAGAUGAGGACAAUGACAACAAUAGUGCCACCACCGAGGAGUCCACGAAGAAAAACAAAAAGAAACCACCGAAAAAAAAAUCUCGUUAUGAAAGGACAGAUACUGGCGAGAUAACAUCCUACAUCACUGAGGAUGAUGUUGUCUACAAACCAGGAGACUGUGUGUAUAUCGAGAGUCGGAGGCCAAACACACCGUAUUUCAUCUGUAGCAUUCAAGACUUCAAACUGGUCCACAACUCCCAGGCCUGUUGCAGAUCUCCAACUCCUGCUUUGUGUGACCCCCCAGCAUGCUCUCUGCCGGUGGCAUCACAGCCACCACAACAUCUUUCUGAAGCCGGGAGAGGGCCUGUAGGGAGUAAGAGGGACCAUCUACUCAUGAACGUCAAAUGGUACUACCGUCAGUCUGAAGUUCCAGAUUCUGUGUAUCAGCAUUUGGUUCAGGAUCGACAUAAUGAAAAUGACUCUGGAAGAGAACUUGUCAUUACAGACCCAGUUAUCAAAAACCGAGAGCUCUUCAUUUCUGAUUACGUUGACACCUACCAUGCUGCUGCCCUUAGAGGAAAAUGCAACAUCUCUCAUUUUUCUGACAUAUUUGCUGCCAGAGAGUUUAAAGCCCGAGUGGAUUCAUUUUUCUACAUAUUAGGCUACAAUCCUGAGACAAGGAGGCUGAACAGUACCCAGGGAGAAAUUCGUGUUGGCCCUAGCCAUCAGGCCAAACUUCCAGAUUUGCAGCUGUUUCCUUCUCCAGAUGGUGACACUGUGACGCAACAUGAAGAACUAGUUUGGAUGCCUGGAGUGAAUGACUGUGACCUCCUUAUGUACUUGAGGGCAGCAAGGAGCAUGGCAGCAUUUGCAGGGAUGUGUGAUGGGGGCUCCACAGAAGAUGGCUGUGUUGCAGCAUCUCGGGAUGACACCACUCUCAAUGCACUGAACACACUACAUGAAAGUGGUUAUGAUGCUGGCAAAGCCCUGCAGCGCCUGGUAAAGAAACCCGUGCCCAAGCUGAUCGAAAAGUGCUGGACUGAGGAUGAAGUGAAACGCUUCGUUAAGGGGCUCAGGCAGUACGGCAAGAACUUCUUCAGAAUUAGAAAGGAGCUGCUUCCCAAUAAGGAAACAGGGGAAUUAAUCACCUUCUACUACUACUGGAAGAAAACCCCUGAAGCAGCCAGUUCCCGGGCCCAUCGCCGGCACCGUAGGCAGGCCGUGUUCAGGAGGAUUAAGACCCGCACAGCGUCCACACCUGUCAACACGCCCUCCAGGCCCCCCUCUAGUGAAUUCUUGGACCUGAGUUCAGCCAGCGAGGAUGACUUUGACAGUGAGGACAGUGAGCAGGAGCUGAAGGGAUACGCCUGCCGCCACUGCUUCACCACCACCUCCAAAGACUGGCACCACGGGGGCCGGGAGAACAUCCUGCUCUGCACGGACUGCCGCAUCCACUUCAAGAAGUACGGCGAGCUCCCCCCCAUCGAGAAGCCAGUGGACCCCCCACCGUUUAUGUUCAAGCCUGUCAAAGAGGAGGAUGAUGGGCUCAGCGGGAAGCAUAGCAUGAGGACGCGCCGGAGUCGUGGCUCGAUGUCUACACUGCGCAGUGGUCGGAAGAAGCAGCCAGCCAGUCCUGAUGGUCAUGCCUCACCCAUCAAUGAAGACAUCCGCUCCAGUGGCCGGAACUCGCCCAGCGCUGCCAGCACUUCCAGCAAUGACAGUAAAUCAGAGACAGUGAAGAAAUCGGCCAAGAAGGUUAAGGAGGAAGCCUCAUCACCUCUUAAGAGCACCAAGCGCCAGCGGGAGAAAGUAGCCUCGGACACAGAGGAGGUGGACAGGACCAACUCCAAGAAAACCAAGACCCAGGAGAUCAGCCGACCCAACUCGCCAUCUGAAGGCGAAGGAGAGAGUUCAGACAGUCGCAGUGUCAAUGAUGAGGGCAGCAGUGACCCCAAAGACAUCGACCAGGACAAUCGCAGCACGUCCCCCAGCAUCCCUAGCCCCCAGGACAACGAGAGUGACUCGGACUCCUCGGCUCAGCAGCAGAUGCUGCAGGCCCAGCCCCCAGCCUUGCAGGCUCCCAAUGGGGCAGCCCCAGCUCCCUCCACAGCCCCACCAGGAGCCACCCAGCUCUCCACUCCAGGGGCCACACCCUCUGCCCCUGCAGGCCCUCCCCAGGGCUCCCCAUCAGCCUCCCAGCCUCCGAACCAGCCACAGGCUCCCGCGGCACCUGCUCCCCACACCCACAUCCAGCAGGCACCCUCCCUGCACCCUCAGCGGCUGCCCUCACCACAUCCUCCUUUGCAGCCUCUGACCGGGCCAGCUGGCCAGACCACAGCCCAGCCUCAUGCCCAGCCCUCCCUGCACAGUCAGGGCCCACCUGGCCCUCACAGUUUGCAGGCUGGGCCCCUGCUACAGCAUCCGGGCCCCCCUCAGUCCUUUGGUCUCCCUCCCCAGGCCUCCCAAGGCCAGGCUGCCCUAGGGGCCUCUCAGGCAGCAGCCCACCCUCACAGCACCCUGCAGCUCCCAGCCUCUCAGGCAGCGUUGCAGUCCCAGCAACCCCCACGUGAGCAGCCCCUGCCGCCGGCCCCCUUGGCCAUGCCUCACAUCAAGCCCCCACCCACCACGCCUAUCCCCCAGCUGCCUGCACCACAGGCCCAUAAGCACCCACCUCACCUCUCAGGGCCCUCCCCCUUCUCCAUGAAUGCCAACCUACCGCCCCCACCAGCACUGAAGCCCCUGAGCUCCCUGUCCACACAUCACCCCCCCUCGGCCCACCCUCCACCUCUGCAGCUCAUGCCACAGAGCCAGCCUUUGCCCUCCUCCCCCGCCCAGCCCCCUGUGCUGACCCAGAGCCAGAGCCUGCCCCCCACUGCUGCCACCCACCAACCAGCAGGCCUCCACCAGGUGGCCCCGCAGCCCCCAUUUGCUCAGCACCCCUUUGUCCCUGGGGGCCCUCCUUCCAUCACCCCUCCAGCCUGCUCCUCCACCUCCACUCCACCUGCAGGACCUGGCACCUCUGCCCAGCCAUCUUGCUCUGCUGCUGUUUCUUCGGGGGGCAACAUCCCUGGGGGCGCAUCCUGCUCUCUCCCCACUGUCCAGAUCAAGGAAGAGGCUCUGGAUGAGGCCGAGGAGCCUGAGAGCCCUCCACCCCCACCGAGGAGCCCGUCCCCGGAGCCCACUGUGGUGGACACCCCCAGCCAUGCCAGCCAGUCAGCCAGGUUCUACAAACAUCUGGACCGGGGCUACAACUCGUGUGCACGGACAGACCUAUACUUCAUGCCUCUGGCGGGGUCCAAGCUGGCCAAGAAGAGGGAGGAGGCCAUUGAGAAGGCCAAGCGGGAGGCUGAGCAGAAAGCCCGUGAGGAGCGGGAGCGUGAGAAGGAGAAGGAGAAGGAGCGUGAGCGGGAGCGGGAGCGUGAGCGGGAAGCUGAGCGUGCAGCUAAGGCGUCCAGCUCAGCGCAUGAAGGCCGCCUCAGCGACCCCCAGCUCAGUGGUCCUGGCCACAUGCGGCCAUCUUUUGAGCCCCCACCAACCACCAUUGCCGCAGUGCCCCCGUACAUCGGGCCUGACACGCCUGCCCUACGGACUCUGAGCGAGUAUGCGCGACCCCACGUCAUGUCGCCCACCAACCGUAAUCACCCCUUCUACAUGCCCCUCAACCCCACCGACCCCUUGCUGGCCUACCAUAUGCCUGGCCUCUACAACGUUGACCCCACCAUCCGUGAGCGGGAGCUCCGGGAACGCGAGAUCCGCGAGCGGGAGAUCCGCGAGCGUGAGUUGCGGGAGAGGAUGAAGCCGGGGUUUGAGGUGAAGCCCCCGGAGCUGGACCCCCUGCACCCAGCCACCAACCCCAUGGAGCACUUCGCCCGGCACAGCGCCCUCACCAUCCCCCCCACUGCUGGCCCCCAUCCUUUUGCUUCAUUCCACCCGGGCCUGAACCCUUUGGAGAGGGAAAGACUGGCCCUGGCGGGCCCCCAGCUGCGGCCUGAAAUGAGCUACCCUGAUAGACUGGCGGCCGAGCGAAUCCACGCUGAGCGCAUGGCCUCACUGACCAGCGACCCCCUGGCGCGUCUGCAGAUGUUCAACGUGACGCCACACCACCACCAGCACUCCCACAUCCACUCACACCUCCACCUACACCAGCAGGACCCCCUCCAUCAAGGUUCUGCAGGCCCUGUUCACCCACUGGUUGACCCCCUGACUGCUGGCCCACACCUGGCUCGCUUCCCCUACCCCCCUGGCACCCUCCCCAACCCUCUGCUUGGACAGCCACCCCAUGAGCACGAGAUGCUUCGUCAUCCAGUGUUUGGUACCCCCUACCCUCGAGACCUGCCAGGGGCCAUCCCGCCCCCCAUGUCAGCCGCCCACCAGCUGCAGGCCAUGCAUGCCCAGUCGGCCGAGCUGCAGAGACUGGCCAUGGAGCAGCAGUGGCUGCACGGACACCCCCACAUGCACGGCGGCCACCUACCAAGUCAGGAAGAUUAUUACAGUCGACUGAAGAAAGAAGGUGACAAGCAGUUAUAAGUUAUUUAUUUGUUAACGCUGGCUGUGGAAACCCCAGUUCUUGGGGGGAGAAACAGGACUUUUUACAUACAAUAGGAGCUGCAAAAGCAAAAAGAAUAUCUUCUAAAAAUUUCUUUAUAUAUUUAAAAACCCCACAACUAAAAAUGUAUCAGCAUCCUAGUGUUCGUUUGUAGAGGAUUCCUCGAGACUGGUUUGAGUCUCCCUGCAUGACAGUCCCCAGAAACUUAGUGAGUCCUGGACUGGACUGACCAUUCAGAAACCUUCCCUGCAAUCUUGGGGUUCAGCUUUAGUUUUGUCUUCUUUCCUUAGUUUCUUAGUAGGUGCUAGAAUCCACUUCACACCCUUCACUGUGCGUGCAGACACACUCAGUUACGUGUGUUCCAAAACCCACAAGGUUCGCAGACGGGCGGCAUAUGAGUUUGGAAUCCAAGAACUAUAAUUUUUAAGAAAUCUUUUAUUUUAGUACAUUGUAGGAAAUCUUCAUAAUUUGAGAAAGUUCUGCAGCAUGGCUUUUUAAGUCUGUAAAUAAAUAAUUUUAGAACAGCCUUUUUUUUUUUUCCUCCCACAAACUGCUAUUCUGAUCUAUUUUUUUCCAGCCAUGUCACUAAUUGUGAAUUCCUACCAGCUAUUGACAGAAUACAGAGUUGAUUUUUUAAUAAAAAGUUAUAUAUAAUUAUCCCUUUAAUUAAAGGGAGCAGAUGGGCGUUACUAAUUAAAAGUGAGCAGAAGCUUGGGACUAGAUGCUGGUGCAGCAGUGAGCAUCCAGGGGUUUGCAGGGACAGUGUUACAAACUGUGUCUUUGUUUGGCUGCUUUGACUUUUCACUUCUGUCUCUUCCUAGUGUGUGCUUUGCCUGUGGUGCAGACAUCUGUUAGAUUGAACCUUUCAUUUUGCACUGGGUGUGCAAGAGUUAAAUGUCCGUUUUCUUUCCCUGGUGUCACCAUUGUUCUUUCUCUGCGGGCUAGAAAGCACAUGUUUGUGUGUGUCUAGUUGUAGAUUUCCUUAUAGAUUUCUAUGCACACACAUUUGAUUGUUCUGGAUGAAUUCUCUUUCAAUACUAUGAAAAUUUCAUAAACAUUCUAGUAAGUUCAAGAAAAUGAUUCCAUACAAAUAACUCAGUGUAUGAAAGACCCAGGAUGCCUGCUUGCCAAAGGAAUCUGUUAGAAGUCUGCCUUUAGGGCAGUAGUAGGAUGAAUGCACAUCAUCAUUUGGAUGUUCUUGUGGUGAGGACACAUGCCCAGUCAUCCUUGGUACAGACCCAGACUGCUUUUGAGCAAGUUGAGACCUUGGAGUUGACAUGGUGUGUUUGGCAGCUUGCAUUUCUGCCCCAGAAGCAGGUGAUCCACCUCAGACUUGGAAACCAGUUGAGUCCCAAGCUUCAUCCUGGAAGUAGGAACAAGAGUCUUAGCUGCGAACGUGGAGUUGGAAAGCAGGCUUCCUCCACCUAGGAGGUUCUACUUUUUAGGGGGAAGGCCCUUGAGAGCACAGCUGUCCUAGCGAGAGAGAGCCUGCCUUUCCUUUGUACUUGCUAACAUAUGCACUUUCACCCAAACAGAGGGUGGGGAGAUCUUGGGAUGUCUGCAUCGGUGGUCACUCUUUCUACCAGGACAUGACCCUUCCGUUCCUUUUCUCUCAGACUCUUGAGGGCUGUUUCUGCCAUUUUAAACAGUUGUAUGUGGUGGUCGUUUCAAAGAAUUGUUGGACCAUGAGAGAGACACUUGUGGGUCAGUGGACGUGAGGUGAGCCCAGGGCCCCAGCUGCAUGGGGAGCAGGAAGAAACCGGCAGGUAUUGGCUCAAACCUGCAUCACAGGCAUUUCCGGUUUCUAUUAUCACCAUGGUUGGUUUUAGUGGGAUACAGAGAGGGUUGUUUUAUCUGUUAAAAAUGUUUGUAGUUAUUUUCUUUCAUUUUCUCUCAUUCGAUUUCUGCCUUAACUUAAGCUCCUUAAGGGAGGCAAGCUCAGAUUAACCCUUGAUCAUCAAAUUUCUGGCCUCACUGGCAUGAAGGCAGUGGUUUUCCCUCUGGGUGUUGGUGGCAGCCAUCGGGGAAGUUGGUUUUUCUGCCGCUCUGACUGAGGUGGCGCCACUCUGGAAUAAGAGAUUGUGUUCACAUGGCUCCUGCAGCUCCCAGAACCCUGCGCCAUCACCACCCACCUGCUCUCCAUCUCUCUUGUUCUUUUUUGAUAGAGCACAUUGCCUACCAUUCAGUUAAACCUUCAUUACCUCCUCUCUCCAGCGUCCAUUUUUCCAAAGAAGAGAGUGAAGUACUCUGCAGGCUGUACUUGAAAACUGUCUGAAGGUGUUUUCUUGUUAGGUUUUAGUUUUCUCCCCAUAUUCCAAGGUGAAGCACUUAGAUUCUUCCAUUUAAAAAAUCCUAACCUGGACCCCUCCCCUGAUCAACUGCAGUUGUUUAGGAUGGCCCCAGACCCUCACGGUGUCUUUUCAGCGCUGACCGUUGGUUUCCUUUUGGGUUUUCCUUCCUUUUGUUUGAAGUUUUGGGUUGGCUUUUCUGUGUUUCGUAUGUAUCUUGUUCGAUGUUGUCAAGGUUGGGCUUCGUGCUCCACUGCAGCAGCAGCAGAGCAGAGUGGACACUCUGGUUUGCUGCCUUUAUAUAUAUCUGAAGCUAAAUGUAUAUAUGAGUAGUUUGCCAUGAGAUGACACAGUGUAAACAGAGUAGACACCCAGAAAUCGUGACUUCUGUGUUCUCUCCAUUUGAGUAUUUUGUAAUUUUUUUGAAAUAUUUGUGGACAUAAAUAAAACCAAGCUACACUACAACA